AUGGCGACUUUGAACACGGUAGUUUUUGGUAACACAACACCAUUAUCGGACACUUUCACAAACGCGACUGCCUUGGACUACAUCUGUUCAGAGGCCCCAAAUGAGUACGCAGUCUUCUACAAGUGGGCACAGUUCGUAACUGGGCUCAUUAUAUAUCCUAUUGUCUGUGUGGUUGGGAUAAUCGGUAACACCCUUACCUUGAUUGUGCUUGGCCACAAGGAUAUGGGAACAGCCACCAAUGUGUAUCUGUCCAGUCUUGCUGUUUCCGACACCAUCAAACUUCUCAACGAUCUCAUGUAUUUCAUUCUUCUUGUUUUAAAAUUGGAGAACCUUGACGACGACAAUAAGAUCAUAUUUAACUUCUAUCCAUAUGCCCAUUAUAUAUUCAAUAUGUCAGUAUGUGUAACUGCCUGGUUAACCGUUUCGGUAGCCGUAGACCGUUACAUCGCCGUCUGCCACAUCACGAAGGCCAAGGAGAUGUGCACAAUUGCGCGAGCGCGUAUCGUCAGUACGGUCGUGUUUGUGUCUAUGAUCACUCUGUCCGUGCCCUCUGCGCUCAGAUACAAACCUAUGCUACAGCACGAUGACCGUUUAAACGUGUCCUGCUAUAAAAUUCAACAGAGCAUGCUCGGUCAGAACGACCGGUUCAUGACUCCCUACACUUGGGUCCAGAAUUCACUGCGUUCCAUCAUACCACUCAUUGUCCUCAUCAUCCUCAACGCAAGGAUUAUUAACGAACUAAGGAAGCAACGUGUCCCGGGCAAAAAACUCUCUUCGCGAAACAGAAUAACUUUAAUGCUGAUCGUCAUUAUACUUUGCUUCGUAGUGUGUAUCAUGCCAGAUGCUGUGAUGUCGUUGUUUUUUGGAUUUGGAUAUGUAGACGAAACCAGCUUAGUUCGUGGUAUACGCGAAAUCACGGAUUCUCUUCUGGCAAUCAAUUCGGCUUUAAACUUUGUGCUAUACUGUAGCAUGAGUAAAGUUUUCCGAACGACGUUUAUGAAAAUAUUUUGCAAGAAAUGUACAAUUCAGCGGAAGGUUUCAGAACGGCUGUUGCAGAACGGUCAUAGUGGUGCCGCCGUAUCGGUUGCGCGGAAAGACAGCAACAGUUGUAGUGGAAAUAACAACAAAGACUCCAGGGAAACGUACGUUUAG